CGUAAAGAAUGUCUUCAAAUUGAUUACCGGUUCUCAACUCACGAGUCGUUUUCACCCAAUGUUUUGACCAUUGAUUGCAUCGGAGGACCAAUUGAUGUGUGAUUUAAGAGCAAAGUUGACGUCAUUUUGAUUAAGAGAUUAUCGUUUGAGACAAAAGUGAUUGCAUUUGAAAGACAAUCGAUUCGUACAAUGGAUUCAAAUCGGAGUCAUUUCAGCGGACAAGACGUGGGAUUCAAUUGGUCUGAUGUGACACAAGAGUUCUGGAGCGCCACUGAAGAGCUGAGUUGCGGUCAGUUAUUACACGACGAGUUGUUUGGGUUGUUUGAAGCCAUGUCUGCCAUAGAGAUGAUGGACCCCAAGAUGGACGCCGGGAUGGUCUCCAACCAGACCCUCAAGAAAGUGCUCAAUUUGGAGCAAUCAAUCAAAGCUAACAAAAUCAAGAUCAACGACUUCACGCUCGACGAGCACUUGGGGGUCAUCGACGAGACCCUCUCAUCGCUCGUCACGUGGUUUGAGGGCCACUCACUCGCGCAGACCGUCUUCAUUAACCUCUAUCUCCAUAACCCGUCACUCAUUGUCGACAAAACCAUUCGAGUCUUCUCUAUGAUUGUCCUCAAGUUAAUUGAUUUGAUCCGUGAGUUCGUGUCAAAGGCUAAUGUCUUCGAAGAGGAAGACUUCCAGCCUAUCGUUUACGGCUACCAAUUGGCCAGUGAUUUGAGUGAUUCAAAGGCCGCUUCCCUCAUGAGGGAAGUGGAGGACGAGUUGUUUAAGAAAGUGAAAGCUCUUCAGCGGGUCAUCGAUAAGACAGUUGAAUGCGAUGCCAACAAACAGGACGUGGAGUGCCAUCGACUCACUUCUGGUCUCUAUUUUCGGAUCAAAUUCUUUCGAAAUCUCUUCCAAGCAUUGAAUACAUUGAAGAAAUUGACGUCAAAUAACAAAGCGAACCGAAAAUUGAACACAAAUUUAGACAAAGAGUUAGUCGAAGACACCGAGAAGUACUUAAACCAAUGCAACGAAGCGAUCACUGUAUGGAAGCAAACCAUUGAUUGUGGAGUAAAACCUGACUUGAGUUCGACGAGUGGACACAGAGCUGAUUACCCGACAAUCUUAGGCUUUGAACCAUUGGUUAAUCAACGACUACUUCCGCCCACUUUUCCGCGCUAUACGAAAAUGAAGAGCAGAUCCGAAGCACUGGAACUGACGCUUCGACUCAUAGAUCGGCUGAAAAGAGUGUCCAAAAUAUAUGAGUACUCUUCAUAUGAGUCGGCGCUGGAGUUCUUCAACGACUUCAGUCAAUACAUUCCCUCGUCUUGUGUUCUCUCGCGUUCAAUACUACAGGUCUUAUAUCUACCGCAACCGAGUCUGGUGUUCGGAACCACACAUUUAGCACAAGUAGUUCGCGAGUCGUGCAAACAGUUUAUAAAACCGCCCUCUCUUUGCACUAAAAGUGCGUUAAUUAACAGCAAUCCUAACGCUAAGGAAUUGUUGGACACCUUUUUCCAGCGCGCCGUCCGACCCAUGGCUACGUUGACGCAGAUUUGUGGCCACAAUAGAGCGCGUCAGAGGGAAAAGUUGGCGCAGAUUCUCGAAGAGCUCACUGCCCUCCAGGACGAGGCCGACAAAGUAGACAACUAUUUGAAUGGAUUCACACAGAAAAGUGAUCCGCAAACCAGUCAUUUGGGAUAUUAUAGCACUUGGGUUUUGUAUCACAUCUUACGAGUUAUGACUCAAUACCUGCUCUCAGGCUUUGAAUUAGAACUGUAUUCUCCACACGAAUAUCAGUAUAUAUUCUGGUAUUUGUAUGAGUUUUUGUACGGUUGGAUCGUUUCCACACUCAAUAGGGCCAGUAAUCUGAUCCUCGAACAGGAGGUCAUUGCCGAUCAAAUCCAACAGCAAAUGAAAGGCAAGAGUAAGAAGUCGCGGCCUAAGAAACGCAAACAACGGCCACACUAUCAGCAAAUACUUAUUCACCAAUCACUACAACAUCUCAACAAUGGCUUUUAUAAAGCCAUUUGUGGAUUCAAGUUAGAUAACAAACUACCGGUGCCUCAGUCUGCUCUCAAUAGUGAACAGAUCCGAUACGAGCACAGGUUUAUGCCAUUUCGCAACAUUAUAGCGCCGCCACCCGUCCCUUACAACCAAUUCAAAGAUAUGACGAGUAAUGUAUGGCAACAAACGUCUGGCGAACUCUAUUUGAUGUCUUGUAAAAGCUUUCAACAGACAAAAGCUUUACUCGAAACCAUAUCUGAUCCAAAACAAGAAAAAUGUCCAGAAUUUGACUUUUCAGUCAAUCCAUACUUUCCGUUAAUAAGUAUUUAUAAGAAAUGAUUUUAUAUACAGUUUUAAAAUUUUAUGAAAAAUUAGUUCAUUUAUUUAUACAUUCAUUUAAAGACAACUGCAAUAAACUAAACGUAAAU